CACACCGCGGCUUCCUCCUGCGAGCGUUAAUUUCUUGGCUGCGUCCACAACUAGAAAGCAUUCCCGUCUUCUCCCUCCUUUUGGCAGCUUGCCUUCCUCUUCCUCCUCCGCCUUCCCCCUCCGCGAUCCAUGGACGCCUCGUCGUCGGACCGCCAGUCGCCGCGCAGCCGGCAGCUGCAGCUGCAGGGCCCGCGCCCGCCGCGCCUCUCCGUCAGCAAGGACUCCCACAAGGUCCGGAAGCCGCCCGUCGUGCCGCUGCCGCACGGAGCCCAACAACCUCGCAACCGCCAACAACCACAGCAGCAGCAGCAGCCCCGCGCGCCGGUCAUCAUCUACGACGCCUCGCCCAAGGUCAUCCACACGCAGCCCAGCGAGUUCAUGGCGCUCGUCCAGCGCCUCACCGGCCCGGGCGUGGGUGCCGCGGCCAACUCCAUCGAGCCGCAGGAGGUCCCGCCGCAGUUCCAGCCGCAGGAGUUCCUCCUCUCCCCGACCGCCGGGCUCUCCCCGGCGGCGCGGUACGCCGCCAUCGAGACCUCCGUCCGGCCGCUGCCGCCCGGGCCCGCGCCGUACGCCGGCUCCUGGGUCGACCUGGACGGCCUCGCGGAGGUGCUCGGCCCCGGCCGGCCGGGGAUCCUCUCGCCCCUGCCCUCCACGCUCCCGCCCGCGGCCUCGGCGGGGCUCUUCUCGCCGCUGCCGUUCGACACCAGCGCCGCCUCCCUCGCCUGGCUCAACGACCUCAGCCCCUUCCUCCCCUCCGCCGCCGCCCGCGACGCGCCCUUCGCAUCCAGCCCCGGCGCCGGCAUGCUGCUGGCCACGCCCACCAUGCCAUCGCCGGGGAUGAUGAUGCGCUUCUUCACCGACUUCCCGGACCUGUAAAUCAAACCCUAUACUACACUUAGCUGAUUCCAUUUGUUUAUUCUUCACGUCCGGUGCGACAAAACGUCUCGCUCCCUCUUUUACCGCGCGCGCCGUCGCGGUAAUUCGGGGUGGCGGCUACCGGAGACGGCGGAUUGUGCAGAUGCAGUGUAUCAAACACUCCAUGUGAUGACAGAUAACAUUCUUUUAGAACAAAUUCAUACUCUAUUGUGUAGGUGAGAGCAGUUGGCCUGGUCUGUGCUAGGAGUGCUAGAUUUUUCUUCAAGUUUUACUUUGUUGUCAACUGUAGUAGGUUGGUAGAGCAGGUGCUAAUCUUUUCUUCCCUAUAUCCUGUUUAUAAUUCUUGUUGUGAUUUUAUUUUAAAUUUAAAUUUAAUUACGACAAUAGUUAUGGGACUGCCGGA